AUGGCGAGCUCUCCACCAGCCCCCUUCCCUACAAGCCUGCCGAAUCCCAAGAAGAGGGCCUCGAUGAGUUCACAGGUUUCUGGUCAGGGAAGAGACAAAAGACCUAAGAUACAUCCCCUCAGACAAACUUCAUUCCCUGCUGAGCCACUCUAUGGCUCUGCAGUCACGAGCGCACGAUCAGAGACAGGAAGCGUCACAAACAGCCUGCUUUCAGGAGUGAGCAGCAAGGCGGCUCCAAGAGGCAGAGGUCGGCCCAGAAAGUCGGCCCAACUUAACGAUGCCGAUAUCAAAUCCGCUGCUGCGGGAGGCGCAGACAACGCAAGCCAAGUAGACGGAGAUGGACGAGCAGGUGCGCGUGGGAAAUCAGUGUUCAGCGCUCGAUCUGGUGCUGUCGAGGGAGAAGAUGAUGAUGAAGGUGACAUUGACGGCAUGCUUGAGAACAUGGACGAGCAGGAGCGGAGACAGGCCGAGGAGGAAGAGACGAGGCAAGAGCAGCGUCGAGAACGACUAGCGGAUACUCUCGACAUGGAUCAAUACGCACGUUAUAAUCAGUGGCGCGCGCUAUCAUUAAACAACAGUACUAUAAAGAGGCUCGUCAAUUCCAUCGUCUCUCAGUCUGUCACCACGGCCCCGUUACAGGCAGUCAGAAUCUACGGCAAAUGGUUCGUCGGUGAAAUUGUCGAACGCGCGCGCGAAGUUCAGGUCGAGUUUGCCAAGGCAUAUGACGAAACCCGAAAGGUCGAGAGAGCGUUGCGAGAGAAAGAACUGGAGAUUUUGGAAGAGAAGCAGAAGCAAGGCACAACCACAGAUCCACAGUCACGACUCAUUGCUAAGGACAUCGAGCGACUGAAGAAAGAUGCCAAAGCUUAUAUCCCGAAUCCUCAUCGAGGAGGCUUGUUGCCCGACCACCUUCGAGAGGCGCUGCGGCGCUACAAAGCAGGUGGUGAAGGUGGCGGCGUUGGCUUCCAGAGCAUGAGCCACGGCUUGUUGGGUGUUCCCGGUGCAGCUGCUUGGAGAGUGGGAGAUGGAAGUUCUGGGAGGCGGUUAUUGAGGUGA